AUGAUAUUUGCUUUUCGUCAUGAUUUGUCUUACAGUGUAACAUCAGUGGCUUAUUAUGUACAUCGAAUUGGACGAAUAAAUGAUCUUUUUAAAUUACAUAUUAGUAGAAAUGAAUAUGGUUUAUUUCAAUUAGACGUGAAUAAUUGUUUUAUCGAUUUUUGUUUAAAAGAUAUUGAAGGAAAUCUACUUCCACAUAAAACUGAACAAAAUUAUAAUGAAUUAAAGAAAAUGGCUGAAGAUUUACAACAACGUCUUGAACAAUGUCAAAAAGAAAAUGAUGAAAUGAAAAAAACAAUUGCAACACUUGAAAAAAACAUGCGUGAUAAACAAAAUAAAGAUAUUAUUCCUUGUUCCACAGCUCAUGAGGAUCAAGGAGAGGCGCACAUUACAAUGACAGAAGACUUUGAUCAAGUAAAUCUCAAGUCCCACGAUAGUCAAGAUUAUACUAUUCAUCGUCCUAUUCUUGAUACACAUACAUCAAAUGAACAAAAUCCUUUAUUAACUGCAUCUGUACAAAUUCCUAAAGAAGAAUUUGGUGAUUUUGGUUUAUAUAAUGCUAAAAUUAAUAUUGAAUUAAAAAUGAAUCAUGAUGUUGAAGUUAAUCGUGCUAGUUAUAUGCCACAAAAUUCAUCAUUUAUUGCAACAAACUCUUCAUCAGCUGUUGUAUUAAUAGGAUGUGGAGCUGCAAGUGCAACAAAAUCCGGACCAACAGCAGCACAACCUGCUUCAACUAACAAAACACGAAUUCACGUUAUUUACUAUUCAAUGUACGGUCAUAUCGCAACAAUGGCUAAAUCUGUUGUGAAAGGUGUUCAAGCAGCUGGUGCUGAAGUUAGUCUAAUGCAAAUACCUGAAACAUUAUCACAAGAGGUUUUAAAUAAAAUGCAUGCACCAGAAAAAGAUAAAAGUGUACCAACAAUAACAUUUGGUGAAGUUGGCGAAAAUACAGUAGGAUUAGAAGAUGCAUUAACGAAUUGUGAUGGUAUUUUAUUGGGUAUGCCAACUCGUUUUGGUGGUAUGCCAGCUCAAGUUAAAGCUUUCUGGGAUGCUACCGGUGGAUUAUGGAUGAAAGGCGGAUUAGUUGGUAAACCAAUUGGUGUGUUCUUUUCAACCGGUACACAAGCUGGCGGACAAGAAACAACGGCAUUAACAUCAUUAACAAAUUUUGUUCAUCAUGGUAUGAUUUUUGUACCAAUUGGUUAUUCAUGUCCCCUUCAAACAAAUAUGAGUGAAAUCCAUGGUGGUAGUCCAUACGGUGCCGGUACUCUUGCUAGUUCUGAUGGAUCACGUCAACCAACUCAACUUGAAUUACAAAAAGCUGAGUAUCAAGGAACAUAUUUUACACAAGUAGCAACCGCAUUAAAGAUUGGUCGGGCUGCAUUACCACCAAAAGAUGCUACUACACCUGAUUCAAAACAAGAUGCUGAACAAUCAAAAACUGAGCGACUGCCAUCAGCAAAAAAAUAA